AUGGCGGCCAAGUGUAUCUCAAGGAAAGUUCUUUGCAAUCUUUCUUACGCUAGAAAACUUGCAAUUUUGAAAAAUGCAAAGACAAUUUCCACGCAAAAUGAGGGCAAUAAAUCAGAUCUGCUCGACAAGGUGUCGUUUCUGACUAAUGACUGUACGAUAGAGGAGUUGGAAGUCGUCCAAGACAUGGUUGUCGGAAAUCUCGAAGUUCACGAGGAUUUUAUUAGCGAAGAAGAAGAGAAUCGAUUACUAAAUGAAGUUGAGCCUUAUUUAACAAGGCAGACAUAUCAGUACGAUCACUGGGAUGGAGCUAUUCAUGGUUAUAGAGAAACAGAGAAGACUAGAUGGACAACAGAUAGUCUAAGGAUAUUUAAGAGGAUAAAAGACACAAGCUUCACUGCUAAGACCAAACUCUUGCCCAGUGUUCAUGUGUUAGAUCUUGCCAAAAAUGGGUAUAUCAAGCCUCAUAUUGACAGUAUAAAGUUUUGUGGUCCAAUCAUUGCUGGGUUAAGUCUAUUAUCACCAAGUGUCAUGAGAUUUAUUCAUGAAGAACACAACUCUGUCCUGGUUGAUGCAUUGCUCCCACGAUUCUCUCUUUAUAUUAUGAGAGGACCCAUUCGGUUUUCAUUCACUCAUGAAAUACUCGAAGGUAGGAAGUCAACUUGGAAAGGACAAGAUGUUACUAGAGACAGAAGAAUAUCUGUCAUUCUAAGAAGUCAGCCAUAAAGACAAUUACCGGUGUUACUUCCCCUACAAUAUUAAUAAGCAAAUUCCUGUGUAGAAGAGCAUAUUGUAGAUGUCAAUUUUUCAAGCCAAUCUGAAAGAUGCUCCAGUUCUCUGCAUUAGAUAAAGMACUACUGAAACUGUUAAUUCCAUGAAAGUAAUAUUUAGUGAUAUUUAUUAAAUAUGGAGAUGGUCUAUAAUGUUAUAAAAAUGGUACAUGUACUUAAAUCUUUACCAUAGAGUACUGUACUAGAGUGGUUUUCAUAAACCCGUGAAAUACACUUUAGUUUAAUACACUUUAGUACACCCUAAUACCAUUGUUUUCUUUUGUUGUCAUCUGACUAUUACACUUUAGCUUAUAGUUUUUGUUUCACGGGUUUAUGAAAACCACUCUAUCCCUCAUUUUUUUAAAUAGUUGUAUAUAUAUAUUAUUUAUAUUAUUGUUUAUAUUAUGAUAUUAUUUUGCCAUAAAAUGAAAACAUAAUUAUAAUAUAAUUUUUAUAAUUAAACAUUGUUAACAAUAGAUAGACUAGAAAAUAGAAUUAUUUCCAACAAGAAAGGUCAUUCAUCCUAAUAGCUCCAAUUGGCAACAAGCACAAAUG